GUCCGUCGGUGUUUCCAUUCCAGCACCCCAUUCGGCUGUCCCGGGGACGGAGAAUAUCAGCUCGCCUCCGUAUUAUAAUCCCGUCCCUUUCUCGUGGGGGGGGGAUCGAUCUCGCCACCACUCCCCCAAUUUCCACUCCCUCCCUCCUCAUCCCCUCCGGAUCUCGCCACCCCCUCGCCAUGGCCGUCUCCACCAACGGCUCCUCGGCGCCGGCGCUCAAGUUCCUCAUCUACGGCCGCACCGGCUGGAUCGGGGGCCUCCUCGGCAAGCUCUGCACCGCGCAGGGCAUCCCCUUCGCCUACGGCGCCGGCCGCCUCGAGAACCGCGCCCAGCUCGAGGCCGACAUCGACGAGGUCGCCCCCACACACGUGUUCAAUGCCGCGGGCGUCACCGGCCGCCCCAACGUCGACUGGUGCGAGACGCAUCGCGUCGAGACCAUCCGCGCCAACGUCUGCGGCACGCUCACGCUCGCAGACGUCUGCCGCGCACGGGGGCUCGUGCUCAUUAACUACGCCACGGGAUGCAUCUUCGAGUACGAUGCGGGCCACCAGCUCGGCUCCGGGGUCGGGUUCAAGGAGGAGGACACCCCAAACUUCGUCGGAUCAUUCUACUCUAAAACCAAGGCCAUGGUUGAGGAACUGCUGAAAAACUACGAAAAUGUAUGCACCCUUCGUGUAAGGAUGCCUAUUUCAUCUGAUCUGUCCAAUCCGCGCAAUUUCAUUACCAAAAUUACCCGGUAUGAUAAGGUUGUGGAUAUCCCAAAUUCAAUGACAAUCUUAGAUGAACUUCUUCCCAUAUCAAUCGAAAUGGCAAAGAGGAACCUCACAGGAAUCUGGAAUUUCACCAAUCCUGGUGUGGUGAGCCACAAUGAGAUAUUGGAGAUGUACAGGGAUUACAUAGAUCCAAGCUUCUCUUGGAAGAACUUCAACUUGGAGGAGCAAGCCAAGGUUAUAGUAGCUCCGAGGAGCAACAAUGAGCUUGACACUGUUAAAUUGAAGACGGAGUUCCCGGAACUUUUGUCAAUCAAGGAGUCGCUGAUCAAAAAUGUUUUCAAACCAAAUCAGAAGACGACCAAGGCUUGACAAAUGGAACGGUCUGCACAGAACCUUGUGUGAUGUUGUUUAUUCAAUACAAAUUGACAUUGCUCUCUGGUGCUAAUCAAUAAGCACGCAUGAUAUUUCGUUUAUUCUAUCCCUGUCGUGUGCAUUAUUAUUGCGGAAGAUAGUUUCUCACAGGAAGUCAUACCCCUUGUUGUAAUCAGAUUGUUACACAGAACAGUAGAAGGUGUUAUUAUCAAGAUCCUAUGAAUACAAUGGGAGAUGGUUUUAGUGAGGAGGUCCCUUUGUUGUAUCAUAGAAUUGGGGUACUUUAUAUUAUGAAGUUCAUUAUGUGUCUUUGGACCCCCCAACUAUAUGUUUCCUGUAAGCUACUGCUAUGUUGCAUUUCCAUGUCCCAGCCAAUAUAGGAUGGUAUCGACUCUACUA